AAAACUCGUGUGUUAUUUUGUAUAUCUAUAUGUUUUGUAAAAUGUUAAACACAUAAAUAUCAUUGAAGCGACACUCAAAAGUAUGGCAGCCAUGAUGCUUGUCGUGAUUUUUGCUUGCAUUUUGGUGACAUCAGGAGAAUGGGUAAAAGAAAUGGAAAACGAUGGGUUUUAUGAAGGCGACAUUGAGUUGGACCCUGGUCAAAAGCUGAUUUUGGAACAUGGGAAAAACAUUUUUGCAACGAAUGGAAGAGGACAUUGGCCACAUGGAAAACCGAUACCCUAUGUCAUUGACAGGUCAAUAGGUUUCCUUGGAAGGCGUGCUAUAAAAAGUGCAAUUGGACAAUAUCAUAAACACACAUGCAUACGAUUUCAUCCGCACAAUGGAGAACGUGCUUACAUUAAAUUUUAUAAGGGAAAAGGAUGCCAUUCUCCAAUUGGAUACAGAGGUGUGAACAGUAUCUCACUUGGAUCUGGUUGUCAGUCAACUGGAAUUAUUAUUCAUGAGAUUGGACAUUCUCUUGGGAUUUUCCACGAGCAAAGUCGACCAGAUAGAGAUAGAUAUGUGAAGAUUCUAUGGAACAACAUCAUAAAUGGCAAGAGUGGAAAUUUCAGAAAGCAAGGCUCAAACAUUAAUAGCUAUGGAACACCAUACGAUUAUAACAGCAUAAUGCAUUAUGGAGCGAAAACAUUCGGCAAAGGAUUUUUAUUUAAAAGUACCACCAUCGAAACUUUAAACAAGAAAUAUCAAAAUGUAAUUGGUCAACGUAAGGGGUUCAGUCCAAUCGACAUUAAGCAAAUUAAUGCAAUGUAUGGUUGCUCAUAGUAAUGAUAAUGCAUCAAAGAAAUGUUAAUCUUCUA